AGGAGAAAGAGACGUCGACAACGCGACAACGAGGACGGCGAGAGUACUGAGUGGAAGUGGUAAUGGUGGUAGUAGUUGAGGUGAAGGAGGCAGAGGAGAGAUUGGCUGAUCGACUCUGAUCAACGCUAACGAUGCAGUGACAAAGUCAGCUACGGAAGAGAGAGGACGUCUCUUUUAUGAGUCCUCGCGAAUCCUUUCAUCGCGCAGUCUCGUGUGUUAGUCCACGCGUUCUUCGACAAAUAAUCAUCAUCAUCUUCGAAGCUGAUUAUCACAAUUAAUUUUAACGCACAACAACGUCGCAUCAAAAAGACAGAUUAUCAUUGUGCGAUGCCACGGAGGCCAACGUCCCUCCGCAGAAGCAAUUUAAUAUUAGUCGAAUCAUCAAAACGGAAGGGACCACUAAGCGAGACGUCAAUGACGCUAGGAUGUACACCGCAAACGGCGAGAGGAAAGAACGAAACUCGCCAGAAAAUCUUUUCCUUCGAAGAUGGGCCGACAUGCCAAGACAUCUCCAAUUCAAUCCCCACAUACAUACUGGCUACAGGCCUCUCAUGACCGCCCGUCAAUGUAUUGGUAGUCUCUUUUAUAUCCACAAUGAGACCGUCAACAUCAUGACGCAUGGUUUCGCAAUUCUAUACAUGUUGUGGACCAUACCUCGUUGGCUUCCAUGGCACACGCAAGGAAUACUCGGAGCAGUAUUAUCUUGGUGUCACUUGAUAGGGGCAGUUAGUCCGUGGAUCGGAUCCUUUAUUUAUCAUGUUUUCAUGAACGUUAAUUAUGACGAAGCCUUUUAUAGAUCGCUAUUAAGACUCGACAUGAUCGGUAUUUGGCUAUGUCAAAGUUUCGGAGCUAUUCCAAUGAUGGCAGCAUCGGUUCAUUGUUUGCCAGAUAAUCAAUGGUACUGCUGCAUUUUUAUUUAUUGCUUCCUCAGUAUAUGGGGUCUUUUAAAGGCAAUGCACGCGAGAUCUCCGUGGGAAAGGAGACUAUGUUUUGCACCUCCUUUCUUGAUGAGAAUGUUCAUAAUGACCUUGAGGUGUUUCGGUAUCGGUGGUGGUUCACCAAAAGCUUUAACUCAUAUCGUCUUACAGGAUUUAAUAGCAGUAAUAGGUGCGAUUGUUGGUGCUCUUCGUAUUCCCGAGAAAUGGAUGCCAGGGAAAUUAGAUUUCAUGUUGAAUUCUCACAACCUGAUGCACGUGUUGGUCGUUCUAGCAGUUUGUUCGAUGCAUGCCGCCACCGUUGAGGAUCUAACUUGGAUUGCUGAUAAGUCUACGUGUAAUGAAAUAAGCGCAUCUUCGAUGAUAAAAGAAGAAUUGUGAUCGAUUCGCAAUAACGUCAUUUUGCGAUAGUCUGUGAUAAGAUACAGCUGGUAAAUUGUUCAAUGCAAUUGCGUAAGAGGUUCUAAGAAUGCUGGAAAUAUUUCGUGAUCGAUACAUAUGUGGUUCAAAAAAGCAAUAUAUAUCUUAACGGAAGUUCAUUUUAAAUGCUAUCUGAUAGUAUGUUCGAAUCGUAUGUUCAGGAUUUUCGAAGUACAAUUGCAAGUACAAAGAUAUAUGUAUACUAUAUAUAUUAUGCCAUAUAUAAUAUAUAUUGUUUCGAUAUCGAUAGUGAAUAUGGUGACUUAGUGUAAUAUAUAUAAAUAUACAGAUAACAUAUAUAUUUAUAUAUAUAUUACACGAGCGUCCAAAUUCAUGUUAAUAUAUGACUUCGAAGUCACGAAUCACGCAGCAGGAUUGCGGAUUUCAUAAGAAAGGGAAUAAGAGUCUGUUAAGACGAUAUGUUUUCUAAAUAACAAAAAGGCAUUCUAAGCACAUCAAAAAUAUGUUUAUUGUAUGAUUGUAAUUAUCGAUAUCAUCAUCUACCAAUGUCCAAGACGUUUCCAAUUUCUCAUUUCUAUAAAUUCUUACACUUUACUAUACCAAAUCCGAUAUUUAGACAAAUAAAAUUGUUCAAAAAUA